AUGGGUAUUGCUGAUGGUACUGAACCCUGCCCUCCCUGCUUUCUCUCAGACAAAGAAGGCAAGUUGACGGAGACGGUUAAUCCAUGUUAUGAAAACUGGAUGGAAAAAGAUCAAAUGGUGUUAGGUUGGAUUAAUGGCUCUCUGACCCCAACCGUGCUCUCGACCGUUGCCCGUUCUACUUCUUCCGCUGCUACGUGGGAUUCCUUGGCUACCAGAUAUGCCUCCAAGUCUCACAAUAGGAUCCUCCAGCUGCGUAGUGAUCUUCUCUGUACUGUUCGUGGUAAUUUGUCAAUUUCUGAUUUUCUUGACAAAAUUAAUGCUAUUGUUGAUAAUUUAGCCCUUGUUGGAGAUGCUGUGUCUGAUAAUGAUCUUGUUAGCAUAAUCAUGAAUAAUGUUGGUCCUCUUUAUGAGACCACCGUCAGCUCUGCACAAGCCCGAGACACCCCCAUAACCUAUGACUCGCUUGAAGCUCUUCUACUCAAUGCCGAGCGCCGUUAUGCUGAACAUAGUCUUCCUUCCCUUGAUCUUGGUGGUCAAGCUUCCGCUCUUCAUGCUUCACGAUCUCGCGGUCGUGGCCGUAGUGGUCCUUCCUCACUCAUUGGGCCUGGUUGCGGUGGCUCUUAUGGUUCUCGGGGUAAUAGUUUUGUUAGUCGCGGGUCCUCAUUGUUAGGUCGUGGUCUUCCUAGUUCUCGUGGCACUAAUAACAAUUUUGGUCAACGUGGCUCCUCUUCUCUUCUUGGUCCUGCACCUACAGCUCCAGCUUCUAACACAGGUCAUUCCAUUUUUCAUUCCGGAAGUCGCAUCCAUUGCCAAAUUUGUGGCCGUCCUGGACACUCUGCUCUUGAUUAUUACAAUCGCAUGAACAUGGCUUUUGAAGGGCGUGUUCCCUCAUCUCGUCUCACUGCAAUGGCUGCUUCUAAUACUCUCUCUUCGGCUGAUGGUGUGACUUGGCUUGCUGAUAGUGGUGCCAAUACCCAUGUGACUCCUAAUAUAGGAUCUCACAACCAAGAGGACGCUUUUCCGAGGGAAGAGUGAAAAUGGGCUCUAUCCGUUGCGACUUCAUCAAACGAGUUUGAGUCCAUCUAGUCGAUUUGCUUUUGUUGGUGCCCGAGAUUCCGCUCAAGUCUGGCAUUCACGUCUUGGUCAUGCAUCGUCGUCCAUUUUGAAUAAAGUCUUAGCCAGUACAGCUGUCCCUGUAUUAGGUUCAAACAAAAUGUCUUUUUGUCAUUCAUGUCCAUUAGGGAAGAGUAC